AUGGAUAAUUUAGCAGCGGAGUGGAACCGUCUAUCGUUAUCAGAACAGGAAGGGGAGGUUUUCAACUUUGACAACCAAAAGUGUAGAAUAGCGUGCACGCUUGCUGCUAAGUUUUUUACGAAGCGUGCGCUUAACAUUGACGCUGUCGCUCGGACUCUCAAGCCUUUAUGGAGGACGAAACAUGACUUUGAGAUUCAAGAUAUGGAAGAUCAUAUUAUGCUAUUUGUUUUUGAGAAUGAGUUAGAUGCUAACAGAGUCUUAUUGGGAGAACCGUGGAGUUUCGAUAAAUACCUGAUUGUUCUACGAAGGUAUGAGGAUGAUAGCUCUUUGAGGAAUCUGUGUUUUGAUACGGCAAAAUUUUGGAUACAAGUUCAUGACCUACCGGUUCGGCGGCUGGUCACUGAAGUGGUAGAAGCACUUUGUCAGUCUGCGGGUUGA